AUGAAGUUCCUUGCAAAUCACGAAACACCUACUGCUUCCGUCAGCACGUUAGACAUCUCGGAUUCGAGUAUUGAUGUGGUGGAUCACAAUGAGGAUUUGGACGACCCCACAUUAUCAGAUGCAGAUGUUCAUGAAUUACUAAAAAAUAGGAAACUAAAGAGAAAUGAAGGGUUUUACGAGUAUUUUUGGGCAAUGAAUGAGCUUGCUACUAGAAGAAACAUCGAUGAAGGGAGUUUAAUUCGGCGUUCGAUUUGCUUAAGCAAAAACUCUCCGAAAGACCAGUUCUCACAAUUUAUAAUCCUGCACUUCCGACAGAACUUCACUGUGAUUCAAGCUCUCAAGGGUUUGGUGCUGUACUCAUGCAAAAACAAAAGGAAGGUGGUAAAUUUCAUCAGGUAUUUUACUUCAGUCGAAGGACGACUAAGGAAGAGACAAAGUAUCACAGUUUUGAGCUCUUUGCGAAACGAUUUUGAGGAUAUGGAGGAUAAGGAAAAAAAUGCAUUUGGAAAAGAAGUAACAAAGAGAUGGGGAAACCUUCGGGAUGCUUUCUCAAAGUCAAAGAGGAAGCUGAAAGAGUCAAAGAAAAGUGGAGCUGGUGCCCGUACAUUUAAAAACUACGUCUACGCUGAGCAAAUGCAAUUUUUAAAUAAAUUGUUUCAAACGAGGGAAGUUGUAGACAGUUUAGAUGGUGGAACCGAAAACAAUGAAGACGAAAAUGUUGAUGCUUUACCAGGAGCCACAGUACCCCCCAAGGAGAACCCCAAACCUCGAGAAAACAAAAGACGUCGCCAGCCGGAUGAGGUGGAGAUGAAAAUUAUUAAAGCACUAGAAGAACCUUCACUUAGUCCUCACAUUUUAUUUUUUCAAGGGCUUUUGCCACAUUUAAACAAGUUCGACGAUAGCGAAGUUCUUGAAUUUCAAAUGGGUGUAUUGGAAGUGAUUUCCAAAAUUAAAAACAAACAAAAAACACUGCUCAACCUCAACUCCUUCCACGGGGAACACCUUUCUACUAUCCUAGCAAUUAUCCCUUUCCACAGCAUCAAUCAUUUCCCCCUUCACAAAUGUCUUAUUCCAAUCAAUUCAGCUUCAAACCACAAGAGCCCCAAACCUAUCAGUCCCACCAAUUCAAAUAUCCCCAGAGUCACAACUACGAUUCAAACCAACAGCAGGCCUGCUCUUCAAAAGGGAAGGCAGUUAAACAUCCGCAAGGGCAAACGACUGCACAAUAUUUGGCACACGAAGAAUUUGGCAGAACAUCUCCAGAGACCUUUCCAUCAGCGAGCCCCUCCCCAGCUGGAUCAGAUACCACUUACGACUUCUCAUAAUUUCAUAUUAGUUAAAAAAGUGAUUUAAAAAAAAUGGUUACAAAUAAUAUCAAAUUGCUUGGACUUCUUGUUUUAUUGUGGUAGGCAUCUUGUGGUUAUGUAUAUUUAUUUAGUACAUUGGGAACAUUAAUAAAAUUUUACUGAGAGAAAGCAUUAUAUUAUAUUAUAUUGUUUACUACUUACCUCAAUGUUAAAGCAAGCCUUUCUCGUGAAGGGAUACAGUUUCUCAUUUUAGUAUUCUGAUGUUGGAUUUCAUUUUUCAACUUCUCAUGAAGUUCGUCAAAGGAUGCAAUAGACAUUCUGAAGAAGUUGAAAAACUUACUACCAUCAUGUCUUAAUUCUUCAAAAAGAGUGUAGAAUGUUGCCGUGUGUUCUCUGCUUCGAUUGAUCGGAUGAAUCCAGUACUUGCGCUUAAUCCUACGGCGUUUAAUACGGCGGUAUAAUAACCACAUUGCAGCUACUCGAUUAGGAUUCAUUAUUACGUAUUACGUCGUGACUGGAAUGGAACUGACUGUUUGACCGGUAAAAAUCCGGGUAGUGUGCCAGCACCUGCUACCGGUAAAAUAUCGGCCGAUUUUUUACCGGCCGUCCGAAAUCGGUGUGUGUGCAAGUAGCCUAGGGGAGUGCGUUCCGUUUGAUACGAUCCACAUCGAUCAUUAUGGGCCAAUUUAAACAACUUUUCGAAAGCAUAAAUACAUUUUAGUUGUUAUUGAUGCGUUUACUAAAUUUAUUCGAUUAUACCCUUGCCGUACGGUAACGACUGCAAAAGUAAUCACGCAUCUUACUGACUAUUUCAGAGCAUACAGCCCGCCAAGAAGGAUUAUAUCAGACAGGGGAUCAUGCUUUACAUCGGCUGAGUUCACGAAUUUUUUAAGGGACCAUAACGUUACACCAGUAUUGACGGCUACAGCCACGCCUCGUGCAAAUGGCCAGGUCGAGCGUGUGAACAGUGUUGACGGCCAUGUUAGGAAAACUUAACGGCGCAAAUGACUGGGAUUUGAAACUGAGCAAGGUAGAAUAUUCACUGAACAAUGUUCAACACAACUCCACGAAAUCAACACCAUUUAAACUGCUUUUUGGAGUAGAUCAGGCCCGCACACCUUUAGAUGGUCUUGGGCCAAUCGUGCAAGAACUAGCAGAAUGCAUCGAAAACACAAGAGAUCUAGGUCAAGAGGCAAAUGUACAGAUUAAGAAAUCUCAAGACCACCAGAAGCAGCUCUACGACCACAAGAGAAAAGGAGUCAAUCAAUAUAAAGAAGGAGAUUUGGUUGUCAUUACUGACCGCGACAAUUGUCCUGGUAUAAAUACAAAGUUAUCACCGAAAUUUAAGGGACCAUAUAAAAUUAAACAUAUAUUACCAAACGAUAGAUUUGUUAUAAGUGAAGUUGAUGGUUUUUCAAGUUGGACGUAAUCCAUAUGAGGGCAUCCAUUCACCAGACCACAUUAAGCCUUAUCUAAAUAAAUGAUGAUACAUGUUAAAAAAAAGUUUAUGUUUUUUAUUUUGGAUUAUUUUAGUUAAUGUUUUGAGUUAUGUUAGUUUGUACUUUUUUAUGUUACGUUUGUUUAUGUUAUAUGGAAACCAUUAUGCUCUUCGUUACUUAUGUCAUACUUAUUAUAAUGUUAUACUUAUGUUUAAUUAUGUUCUGUAUUAUGUGAUUGUCGAAGUAUAUAUGUAUGGUAAAGUCAAGGUUGAUUUUUAUGUCAGAAUGGCCGAAUGUAAGACCAUGUAUUGUUGUACGAUGGCCUACGGAUGUGGCGCCACGGUCUUAAGUGGAGGUUUUAAUUACGUUUUAUGUUUAUUAUGUUUUUGUGUAUUGUUAUUUCUUGUGUUCGUGUUUAAUAUAGUUGUUCUUGUUUAAGACUGUUUUUCUAAACUAAUUCCACCUUUUCCCAACAACA